AGCAAUUUUUAAUUAAGAAUAUCUUUGUUGCUCAUUCAAAGUAUCUACGUCUGGGAGUUUAUUGAUCACGAUUUCAGUGACCCUUGUGACAGGUUGCUAUGGAGACCUCAGAGCAAGGCCCAGCAGACGGGGAGGAGCGGCUGGUGGAGUUGAGGCCGAGGACUCGCUCGAACCCCGAGGGGGCGGAGGACCGUCGCAGCAGUAACGGCAGUCUGAUCAGCAACGCCAACCAACCCGCCGUGGGCAGCCGCGUGGAGGGAGAGGGGGAGGCCUCCACUAGCGACAGUCCUCCAAGUUCAACCACUACGAUCUCCACCACUGUCUCUGCCCCUAAUGCUGCUGCCGCUGCCGCCGCUGCCAACACGACGGUGCCCAUCCCUGCCCCUACGCCAGUACCCAAAGAGAGGCCCAAACCUGCACAGCCUGCCCUGACACCUCACAUCCCUCCACCAACUGAAUUCCAGAUCAGAGUUCCCCGCGUCAACUGUCCCGAAAAAGUGAUCAUCUGUUUGGAUCUGUCAGAGGAGAUGUCGCUACAGAAACUGGAGUCGUUCAACGGAUCUAAAACAAAUGCCCUUAAUAUCUCACAAAAGAUGAUUGAGAUGUUUGUGAGGACGAAACACAGGAUUGACAAGAGGCAUGAGUUUGCUUUGGUGGUUGUCAACGAUGAUGCUCUGUGGUUAUCAGGUUUCACCUCUGACCCGCGGGAACUGUGCAGCUGUUUGUACGACCUGGAGACAAACGUCUGCGAAUCCUUCAAUUUGGAGGAUCUUCUCAAUGUCAUCCUGCAGAAGAUAGAGCUUCCUCAGACGGAGAACGUCCAGACUAUUCCUCCACCCUUUGUGGUGAGGACUCUUCUCAUCUACAGCCGACACGCGGGACUGCUGCAGUUCAACCCUUCAGAGGCCGUUAGCAAAAUGCUGCAGUCGCCUUAUUUUUUCUUCGACGUGGUUUACCUUCACAACGGCACUGAAGAACAAGCAGAUGAGUGUAGCUGGAGGGACGUGUACUCCUCCUUCUGUAAUCUGGACUCUAAAGGCAUGUGCUACAGGUUUGAGGUAUCACUCUGUGGCCCUGCCAUCGAGCUGCAUAACUGCAUGGCUAAGCUCCUCUGUCACCCCCUCCAGAGGCCUUUCCAGAGUCACGCCUCCUACAGCCUGCUGGAGGGAGACGACUCGCAAGAGGUGGAGGCCACGGUCUAGAGCCCGGGGGGGCCGAAAGAGAACGAAGUCCCGGGAGCGUUCGCGCGCUGAUCCGACCAGCCCGUGCUCUUCAAGAAUCACUUUGCCACU